AUUGGCUAGCUAGUCUUGCUAAAAAACUGAGAAGCUACAGGUGCAAGGAGAGACCUUGUCUCCAAAACUAAGAUGGAGACAUAUGGCCUCUACACGCGCCACACGCACGCGCACAUACGCAUAACAGCUUGUUAGAAUUAACUCAUUCUCCGAGCCUCCGAUGCGCCAGGGGGAGCUGUAGAUGACCUAUUGGGACACGGGCUUCAGUCCCCCGCGCCACCCGCGCGAUGGGCUCCGAGGUGGCUCAGCUGCUGGAGGCUGCUGACUUCGCCGCUCGCAAACACCGGCAGCAGCGACGGAAAGAUCCCGAAGGGACUCCCUACAUCAACCACCCCAUCGGUGGGCGCGCCGGUGUGGCCCGGAUCCUAACCCACGAGGCGGGAAUCACUGACAUUGUGGUGUUACAGGCGGCCCUGCUCCACGACACAGUAGAAGACACAGACACUACCCUGGAUGAGGUAGAGCUGCACUUCGGAGCCCAGGUUCGGCGCUUGGUGGAGGAAGUAACAGACGACAAAACUCUGCCCAAACUGGAAAGAAAGCGGCAACAGGUGGAGCAGGCACCCCACAGCAGCCCAGGGGCCAAACUGGUGAAACUGGCAGACAAAUUAUACAAUUUGAGAGACCUGAAUCGCUGCACCCCUCAAGCCCUCCAGGAAACAGGCAAAAGCCAGUGCUGGCCUCGACAUCACAGGAGCGGGUUUCUGUCCACUCUCGUGCAGGGUGGUCAGAACAGCGAGUCCAGGAAUACUUCGAGUGGGCAGCACAGGUGGUGAAGGGGCUUCAAGGAACGAACCCGCAACUGGAAGAGGCACUAAAGCAGCUGUUUGAGGAGCGGGGGCUGACGCUCUGAGCGGUGCUUGCUGACAUCCUGUAGCCUGGCUUCAGCGAGGCCUGGGCACGACUGAAUUCUCCCUGCAGCAUUUCUGACAUUCCUCACUCAGCUCAUACAUUCCAGGCUAAAAACGUCUGCAUUUUCUAACUCAGCUGAGCGCCAGAUAUGGACAUCAGAUUUACCCAUCCCUCCGUGUACAAGUCUUGGAUCUGUUGGCUAUUUUUCACGGUGGGACUUCUGGCUCCUCAGGGAUUUAGGAUUGCGUAAGCUUUGGCUUAUAAACCAUGGAAAAUAAAGAACUUAGGGUAAAACUUAAA